GAAAUGAAAGUGGAAGCAACGGCCUGCAGGCAGAACCAUUCAAAGUGCACCUCAGACGGUAGACGCCAGAGUUGAGUCCGGUGGAUUCUGCCACUUCUUUCCAGCUCUGAAGACGCGGCUCCUGCCAGCCAGAUCCCAGACCCAUGUCAGUGACUGAAGAUGAUGCAACCUACACAAGGAGUCUAUUCCAGACCAUUCAGAAGGAGCAGGCCAUACUAAAGAUGAAGCUGCAGAAGUUGCAGCAGAUGAAAGAGCAACUCAGGAACUCCACCCAAGACAAGGACCCCUUCCCAAUGCCUGAAGUCCCGGUGGUGUUCCGAGGACACACUCAGGAGGGCAGGGAAGUGCCCAAGUCUUUGAUUUCCAACCUGAAGAUCUGCUACCCUCUGCCUGGAGGCUCUGCUCUAGUCACCUUCGAUGACCCCAAGGUGGCCAAGCAGGUGCUGCAACUAAAGGAACAUGAGAUCAAGCUGGAGGAGUGCCGGCUGCGUGUGCAGGUCCAGCCCUUGGAGCUGCCCAUGGUGACAACCAUCCAGGUGUCCAGCCAGGUGAGUAGCCAGAGAGUGCUGAUCAGAGGGUUUCCUGCUGGGCUCAAGCUGAGUGAGGAGGAACUGCUGGACAAGCUGGAAAUCUUCUUUGGCAAGACCAAGAAUGGGGGUGGUGACGUGGAAACUCGGGAACUGCUGCAUGGGGGCGUCGUGCUGGGCUUUGCUAAUGACGAAGUGGCCCAGAACCUGUGCCGGAUUGGCGAGUUCACAGUGCCGUUGGGUAGGCAGCAGUUCCGUCUGAAAGUCUCUCCCUACGUGACUGGAGAGAUUCAGAAAGCAGAGGUCAGGUCCCAGCCAGUGCCCCAGUCCGUGCUGGUAUUCAACAUUCCCGACGUCUUGGAAGGCCCGGAGCUGCACGACAUCCUGCAGAUCCACUUCCAGAAGCCCACCCGUGGGGGAGGAGAGGUGGAGGCCCUGACGGUCGUGCCUCCCGGAGAGCGAGGCCUGGCGGUCUUCAGCGCAGUGGAGUCCCGCUAGGAGCCUGCCCGUCUCAAACUGGGCUGGGGCCCGGCGCGCGCGCAGGUGCGAGGGAUCGUGCCAAUCAUCCUGGGCAGGGACUCCGGGCUGUGAAACGCCGCCCCACAAUAGUAAAAGU